CGUGACGCACGUCAUCGCCGCGUCCGGCAACAAGAUGGCGGCGGCGGCGGGAGUGGCUCCGGUCCAGGCGCGCUUCGUCGCCUCUAAGGAGCAGUUCCACGCCUACCUGAGGGCCAGCGGCAAGCAUGGAGAUGGAGAGGCUGAGGACAAGGAGGAGGAGGAGGAAGAGGCUGGCAGCGAGCAGAGCGAACCCCCUGCGAAACGAGGGAGGCUGAGCGAGCACGCUGGGUGCAGAGAGCCAAGAGGGCGCUGGGAAGGGGAGGAGGUGCCCGCGGAGAGGAAGCGAGCCCGGGGGCAGAACAAGAGCAGGCCGUGCAUGAAGCCAAACCACUACGAGAAGAGCAGGCUGUGCCCAUCAGUAACGCAGGGCUGUGCAGACAAGUGCUUCUUUGGCCAACAGUGCCGCUUCCUUCAUGACAUCAGUGAAUACAUGGCCACGAAGCCGGCUGACCUAGGGCACAGCUGCGUGCUCUUUGAAACCUUUGGCAAGUGCAUUUAUGGCGUCACCUGCCGCUUUGCCAAGGCCCACCUCGGGGAUGGCUACCAAAACAUCAUCAACACAGACCUGACCAAGCAGUGGGAGGGGAAGUCACUGGUGAGAAACAACCUCUCCAAGGACCUCCAGCAACAGCUGCGCAAGAAGAAAUUUAGCUUCAAGAAGGCUGAUGAGUACCUCCGCAGUCUGGCCAAGCCCCACAACAACGGUGAGAAGGGAGGCAAAGCCCUGGGGUGCUCUGCAGAGGAUCAAGAGGUGUCCAACUGCACAACGCCCCAGGAAGGCCUGGGAGACACCUCAGAAUGUCUGGUGCUACCAGAGGAGGGAGGAGAUCCCACAGCUGCCUUGCAGAGUCCCGUCCCCACAGAGGGUGAGGGGGGAUGUCCCAUCAAAACAGCUGGCUUGGUGACAGAUGAAGACGUUGUAAAGCUGCGGCCAUGUGAGAAGAAGAAGUUGGAAAUCCAAGGCAAGCUCUACUUGGCUCCAUUGACCACGUGCGGUAACCUCCCUUUCCGAAGGAUAUGCAAACGCUUUGGGGCAGACGUCACCUGUGGAGAGAUGGCUGUGUGCACAAACCUGCUUCAGGGCCAGUCCUCUGAGUGGGCUCUCCUCAAACGGCACCACACUGAAGACGUUUUUUGGGGUGCAGGUAACUCUCUGGAGGGAGCGUUUCCGGACACAAUGACCAAAUGUGCAGAGCUCCUGAACCAGACAAUUGAUGUGGACUUUGUGGACAUCAAUGUUGGGUGUCCCAUUGACCUGGUCUACAAGAAGGGAGGAGGCUGUGCUCUGAUGACUCGGACCAACAAGUUUGAACAGAUUGUCCGAGGGAUGAACUUGGUGCUGGACGUCCCACUGACCGUGAAGAUACGGACAGGGGUGCAAGAAAAGAUUAAUGUGGCUCAUAAAAUAAUCCCCAAGCUCCGGGAGUGGGGAGCAUCCAUGGUGACGCUUCAUGGCCGGUCCAGGGAACAGCGGUACACAAGGGUUGCUGACUGGGACUACAUAGCAGAAUGUGCUAAAAUAGCAAGCCCCAUGCCUCUUUUUGGAAACGGUGAUAUUUUGUCUUUUGAAGAUGCUAAUCAAGCCACGCAGAUGGGUGUUUCAGGAAUUAUGAUUGCAAGAGGAGCGCUCAUCAAACCAUGGCUUUUCACUGAAAUUAAGGAACAGAGACACUGGGAUAUUUCCUCCAGUGAGAGAUUUGAUAUCCUUAAAGACUUCACCAACUAUGGCCUUGAGCACUGGGGAUCAGAUACUCAGGGAGUUGAAAAGACGAGGAAGUUCCUGCUGGAAUGGCUCUCAUUUCUGUGCAGGUAUAUUCCAGUUGGAUUAUUAGAACACCUACCUCAGAAAAUCAAUGAGCGGCCACCUUACUACAUUGGGAGAGACUAUCUGGAGACGCUGAUGGCAAGCCAAAAUGUGGAUGAUUGGAUUAAGAUCAGUGAGCUGCUUCUGGGACGUGUACCUACCAACUUCACCUUCCUGCCUAAACACAAGGCAAAUUCCUACAGAUAGGACUGAUGAGGCAGUUUCCUAUGGCAUCAAGUCAAGGGAAGGCAUUAACGUGGUGUGUGUUGCAGAGCAGGUUGCUCAGCUACACAAAGAAAUGAAAUAAAGUUUUAUGUUUUUAGAAGUGUGGUUGCUUUCUUGCCGUGAGCAUCAUUGCCUGCCACAAGUUGCACAGCAGAUGGCCUCGCACUUGUGUAGUCUUGCAGCCAGAGGUGCCUCACUGACAGAGAGCAAUCUGUUUAAUUAACAGGAUACAGGCCAGGAGAGAUCUUCGGCCUCCAGUUCACAGUGGGAACCACCCCACCCCACAUGCUCUUCACAUUGUGGGAGCAAGAGGCCUCUGUUCCUACCAGGAUAUCCUUGGUAGUGCCAAAUCCUUCAUGUAGGGGGAGGGGAUGUACUGACACAAUCCCCAGGGGUCCUGUAGAGCACAAACAGACCCAGUGUCCCAGCAUCUGAUGUUGUGCAGAGUUCUGUCCCUCCUUGGGAGCAGGCACUUGCCAUUUCUUGGAUGUCAAGUGCCUGGGGGAAGCAUGGUGCCUCUGAGGGCUUUGCUGGGGGAGGGGGAUUCAGAGCUGCUGUUUUUCCAUCACAAAUUCCCCUUGAGCAGAGGAUAAAUGAAAGCAGGGCGAGUGACACCGCAUACAUGACCUUCCCUAGCUCCCUCAAGGUCUUUCUCUAGGUUUGGAUCACUUGAACAAAUGCAGCACGUGAAGGCUGCCAAGCACAGGAAACAGCCACAAAUGCACUCGCUCUGUGGCAUGAGGACUCACUCCACGGAUGCAGCUUGUCAGUGAGGGGCAGCUGCAAGCCAGACAGCUCAUGUCCGUGACAGCUCAGCUGAAGCAGCUUGUUCCUCUUCCUCCUAAAGAGCCUGCAGCUCAUGCAAGGUAGAGCCAUGCACCACAACAGUGGGCAUUUCUUUCAUGCUCAAAGAACAUAGCUGUUUGAAUGAACUUCCUGAGCAAGCAGCGCUGAGUGGUUUUCCUGGUGGUGAUGAGCAAUGUUCACAUGCUGCCUGGCAUCGCUCUGCCACCAAGGAGCUCUGGCAGAGAGAGCUGAGGUUCGGGGCUCACAGGGCAGCGGAGCACGUGGGGAGGAACACACAGACCCCGUUAGCUUCCCCAUGGGUACAGCCUCACUGGAGAGAAGGAAACAGAAUGGGACCUCCAAAAAAUUCUUUUAAAAAGCCACAGCUGCAAAAUUUAAGCCAGGCCAUCCUCACAAGGUGCCUUGAUCUGGGAGCACAUGGGGAGCAGACACGUGUAGGGGCGGUGGGUUCAAGGGCAGGGACAGGGUGGGAGGACAGGUGGCCUGUGGCAGAGCCCAGCACUCCUGGGCAGCUUUCCAAGGCAGCUCUUGCUCAGCUGACGCUCGCACACUGUGAUGCCAAGGCUUGCACCAAAAGUCAUUAAAUUAAUGAUAUCCCUGUCCCAGCCUAUGUGGGAAACCUGUGCACCCAUGCAUCUGGCAGAGACUGGGCACACCGGAGGGUGGAGGCUGGGCAAAGUGACAACAACAGACUUCUUAAUCCAAUGUCCCUCUGCGCCAGGCAGCGAACAUCCCCACCAGCCCCACAACACCCUGGGACCCUAGAUGGGGCUCCACACACAGCCCCAGAUGUGCACAGCCCUGCGGUGGGUGCAGCACCAGCGGGACCCUCUGCGAUGUCCCCAGCUCUGCCUGGCUCACCCUCAGCAGCCCACAGGCCCAGGCACAAAGGCUGUGACAACGCUUUCGUUUGUCUUUGUUCUGCAGCAAAACUUUUGCUACUCAAUAGGGGCUUCAUUUGGGGCACACGGGAUCACAAGCACAUUGCAAAAAAAAAAAAGGGAGGAAGGAAAAAAA